UAUGUUUAUCGGGCGUCUCCCUCCUCCCAAGACCAGUUUCCAAGAGUGGGUAUGGUGCUCGGUAACUGAAUACGUUGCAAUCGACUGGGAGCGGCGGAGCACGCCGGUAACCGUUAAAGAUGCGGGUCUCGGUCCCUCACCUCAACAGUGAUAAACGGACAACCAUGUAACAUAAGAAGAGGCCCUGGAAACAAACCAAAGGAGUUUAUACACAAUAUAUAGUUACCCGUUAGAGUGUAUAUAGUUACGGUCGGUAUCUGUGACCGUUGAUAUUGCUAUCGUACGGCAUUGCGCUGGAUUUGCGGACUUGGCAUUAUCUAACACGGUUCUCCAUACUUUGUAUAACACGCCAUCAUGAGUGGAAAGGCAGUAGAGAAGGCGGUCUACUUGGGCACGUUUGCUCACAGCAAGAGUUUGAAGGAGCUGGAGAUAGCCCACGAUGCUGCUAUUUUUGUGGACGAGAGCGGCAAGAUUGUGGCCGUCGAGAGGGGCGUCGCCGAUGAGGCCGCGGCGAAGAGCUUCUUCCCCAAGCUGAACUGGACCGAGAGCCAGGAGAAGCCGAUCCAAAUCAUCAAAUCCAAAGAAGAACAAUUCUUCUUCCCAGGCUUCAUAGACACCCACAUCCACGCUUCGCAAUACCCCAACGCAGGCAUCUUCGGCAAAUCCACUCUCCUCGACUGGCUAAACACCUACACCUUCCCCCUUGAAUCCUCCCUCUCCUCCCUCCCCACCGCCCACCGCGUCUACGCCCGCGUCAUCGCCCGCACCCUCUCCCACGGUACCACCACAGCCGCCUACUACGCCACCAUCUCCGUCCCUGCCACCAAUCUCCUCGCGGACCUCUGCCUCGCCGCGGGGCAGCGCGCGCUAAUUGGGCGCUGCUGCAUGGAUUCCCUCGCGCCGGACUACUACCGCGAUGCGGGGCCGGAGGAGAGUAUUGCGCACACGCGGGCGACGAUCGCGCAUAUUGCGUCUAUCGACCCCACGCACGCGAUUGUGAAACCGAUCAUCACCCCCCGCUUCGCACCCUCGUGUUCAAGCCAGCUACUAACCGGGCUGGGAAAGCUGCAGAAGGAGACCGGGUUGCCUGUGCAAACGCACAUCUCGGAGAACAAGCGCGAGAUCGACUUAGUCGCUGAACUGUUCCCGCAAUCGAAGAGUUACGCCGAGGUAUACGAUUCCCACGGCUUGCUGGGGCCAAAGACAGUCCUAGCGCACGCAGUGCAUAUCACGGAUGAGGAGAGGGCGCUGAUUAAAGAGCGCGGGGCGGGGAUUAGCCAUUGCCCCGUUAGCAAUGCGGCGCUGUCGAGUGGGAUGGCGGCGGUGAGGACGUGGUUGGAUGAUGGUAUUAAUGUAGGCUUGGGGACCGAUGUGAGUGGUGGGUACUCGCCGUCUGUGCUAGAGGCAGUGAGACAGGCGCUGAUGUGUAGUCGCAACUUGGCGAUGGGGGAGGGCGGAGAGGAGGCGGAGAGGAGGAAGUUGAGUGUGGAGGAGGCGUUGUAUUUGGGGACUCUUGGGGGGGCGAAGGUGGUGGGCAUGGAGGGGAGGGUUGGGGCGUUUGAGGUGGGGAUGGAGUGGGAUGCGCAGCUGGUAGGGAUGGAGGAGGUUGGACUAGAAGGGGGGUUUGAGGGAGCGGAUGGGGGGGCGGUGGAUAUUUUUGGGUGGGAGAGCUGGGAGAAUAAGCUGGCGAAGUGGGUGUUUAAUGGGGAUGAUAGGAAUACUUUGGCUGUUUGGGUUCGGGGGAGACUGGUGCACGAGCGGAGAUCUUGAGGGGGGGGUUGUGGAGGAAGGGCCACAGUGUUAUGGCUGGUGGCUGGUUUGUCGGUUUCAAUGUUCAAGUAGAUUAUUAGAAGGGUAACUACUCAUAUCAUGCCUAUCAUUCCUAGUUGUUUUUGAAGCCACCGCCCGUUCUAUAGCCAUCCAAUGCGUCACUCUCCACCCUCCUCUCACCUCGUGACAGGCUCCCAGUCCCCCCAGGUAACAGUGUCAUCCCACCCCCCUAUCCCCCCCUCUAAACCCCAGUGCCUCGCCAACACCUCUCUCAACC